CAAUAGAUAAGAACUAGUUUUAGGAAAAUUUGAUUUAAUAAGUAUACAUGUUAAUUUGAGCACAAAAAAUCAUUAAAAUUGCACUGAUAAAAAGAGAAAUUAGUGGGGGUCGCUGUGAAAUAGAUACUUUUACAAUACUUUUAAAAUUAGCUCUAUUAAUGUAAUUGUAAGGUUAUUAAUCAAAUUUGUAUAGUAAAUUAGUAUUUACCAACAAAGUUUUUUAUAUAUACUAAAUAAGCAUUCUUUUUUUAAAGACAAAUUAAAAUGCAUCCAGAUCUGUAAUUUCCAUGAAAUCUUAUGCAUUUCGUUUAACAGAUAAACUGGUUUUUAGCGAAGUAUCUAGGAGCAGUACACGAAAGUAAAAAAACAUUUCCAAUUUUACUUUCUUAAAGUAUAGAAAUAUAAAAACAUAUAUAUUAUUAUACACUAAACUAGGCUUAAAACAAUAGAGAAAGUCACUGGACCACGGGAUAUCGUAAUUUGAGUUUUGUAUUUCCAAUCGAUAAUGAUAUUUUCAAGACCAGAUUUCGAUUUCAGUAUGCAAUUGAUAUUCUAGGCAAGGAGUUAUUAGUGAUAUGUUUUUAAUUUUAUUAAAUCAUAACUAUUAUUUUAAUUUAAAAUUAGUGCUUUUUUUUAUUUAAAAGUUUCAUUUUAUUUUUAUUGUUUUCUAUGAUUUUAAAGAUCAAUUUUAGUUACUUAAUUAGAAACAUUUUUUAAAUAGUUUAUCCAGUAAAAAAGUUAUAACACCUAAUAUUAGAUAUGUUCUCAGAAAAAAACUGCAAUCAGUGCUUUUGGACAGAUUCAUCGUUUUUAUCAGGAUCAUGUGGAAGCACUGGAAGUUUAGCGUUUUUUAUGUCUUUAAUCGAUCUCAUGAUUAGAUCUCAAUGUUCUGUAGCAGAUCCUUGUAGACGAGCCAAAAACAAGCAGUUUCCAGCGGGUUUUUAUUAUCCAGAAGAACUUGAUUUUGUAGUAGUUGGAGGAGGCGUUGCUGGUUCAGUAGUUGCGGCAAGACUUAGCGAGAUUCAAGAAUGGACAGUAGGCUUAUUAGAGGCUGGACCAGAAGAACCAACAGCAACUUCAAUACCAGCGUUUUCUACGUCAGCUUUGGGUACAGACUUAGAUUGGAUAUACUUAACGGAACCACAACAACAUGCAUGUCUUAAUAAUGAAGGAAUUUGCGUUUGGCCUCGAGGUAAAAUGAUAGGUGGAACCGGAGCCAUGACUGGUAUGAUGUAUUCUAGGGGGCAUAAAAUGAUUUAUGAUAAUUGGCGAGAUGCUGGAAAUUAUGGUUGGGGUUAUGAAGAUGUAUUACCUUAUUUUAAAAAAUCUGAGUCAAAUAAAAACGCAGAUUUAGUCGAGCAUCAAUACCAUGGUUUUGAUGGACCUAUCUCAGUACAAAAAUUUUCUCAUUGUCCUAAAAUAGCCGAAUCAAUAGUUAAAGCUGGCGAAGAAUUAGGGUACAGAUCUGGAGAUUUAAAUGGUCACAACCAAACAGGUUUUACUAUUGCUCAAGCAAUGGUAGAAAAUGGUCUAAGGAUGAGUACAUCUAGAGCAUUUUUACGUCCAGCUAACAAUAGGGAAAAUUUGUUUGUGAAGAUAAAUAGUCGAGUAACAGGUUUGGUGUUAAAUAAAUUCACUAAUCGCGUUCAAGGUGUUAAGUACAUGGAUAAAAACGGUGAACAUGUAGUUCGAGCUCGAAAGGAAGUGAUUUUAUCAGCAGGUGUAGUGGGCUCUGCUCAAUUGUUAAUGUUAUCGGGGAUAGGACCAGCAGAAGACCUACUUCGGGUUGGAGUGACGGCAUUUAAGGAUUUACCGGUUGGUCGCAAUCUUCAACACCACGUAUCUGUUAGUAUUGCGGCUACAGUUAAUGAUUCUGAUCACCAAUAUCAUUUGUCGAUGGACGCUGUUUCAGAAUUUAUUAACAACCGCACGGGUCCAUUAGCAAGUACGGGACUAACACAAACAACUGGAUUUUUGACUACUAACUACGCAGAAAAAGGCGUCCCUGAUGCUCAGUUAUACUUUGAUGGUUUGGCGCCAAGUUGUAAUAAAGUUUUAGUAGACUCUGAUAUACCAUCAUUUAAAACAAAUGAACAAAGAACAUACGUAUGGGCUCGACCUACAUAUUUACUAACUAAAAGUAAAGGAUACAUAGCUCUUCGGACGGCUAAUCCUUUGGAUUCUCCAAUUAUUCAGCCUAACUAUUUUCAUGACUAUAGAGACGUGUUGGGUAUGGUGGACAGUAUAAGAAUUACAAUUGAUAUUAUGAACACUAAAGCGUUAAAAAUAUGGGACUUAAAAUUAGAUAAUACACCAGAACCUGGAUGUGAGCAUUAUGUAUACGGUACCCAUUCCUAUUGGGCUUGUGUUGUGACUACCGCUACUAGACCAGAAAACCACCAUUCAGGUACUUGCAAAAUGGGACCUUCAUGGCAUCCGGAAACAGUUGUUGAUCCGGAACUAAGAGUUUUAGGUAUACCAAACUUGAGAGUGAUGGACGCUUCCGUAUUUCCUACUGGUCCUAAUUGCAAUCCUAUGGCACCUAUUAUUAUGGUUGCUGAGAAAGGAUCAGAUAUGAUAAAAAAGACGUGGAAAUCAUUAACUAAAACAAAAACGUUAUAAAUGUUAUUUAUUAUUUUUUUACAAUACAAAAUGGUUUUUAUACCGAGCGAUCGUUAGUAUUAAGCUUUGAUAUUGUGCACCUACGUUUCAACAUACUUGAGUGAAAAUAUAAAUUAUUUUUUUGAUUAAUCAAUGUAGAGGAAAUGAAAUAUUGACUAACGAUCCGAAACAAACUAUUACAGAAAAUGGUGACUUAUAUUGCUAAAAACAUUUCUUUGUUGCUCUAAUUGCUAGUUUAGUUUUGAAAUUUAAUUUUUUGUUUAAUUUAAGCCCAGAUUUGGUUCUAAAUAAAAUUUAAAAGAAUUCAAAUUUGUAUUUUGUGAUAUUAUUAUUAUAUUUACCGAAAUAUGUGUUUAUUUAUUUUAAUAAAUAAUUAUUAUCUUAUA